AUGUCGCGGCGCAAGCAGGCCAGGCCCCAGCAUCUCAGCUCCGAGCAGCCUCAGCCGGCGAUCCGGGAGUUCCCCGAGGCGGCCCGGGAGGCGGCGGGGGAGCCGGCUUCGGAACUAGAUAAUGACGUUCCCACACCACCUUGUCCCUCCGCUGACGGCAGUGACGUCCAGAAAGCCCCUGUCGCGGCUCUUCCCCCCGAGUCAAAGGAACCAACGGCGACCCUUGGGGAGAGGACCUUCAACUGCUGCUAUCCAGGUUGCCACUUCAAAACUGUCCAUGGCAUGAAAGAUCUGGACCGCCACCUAAGAAUCCACACGGGAGACAAGCCGCACAAGUGUGAGUUCUGUGCCAAGUGCUUCAGCCGCAAGGACAACCUGACCAUGCACAUGCGCUGCCACACCAGCGUGAAGCCCCACAAGUGCCAUCUGUGUGACUACGCGGCCGUGGACAGCAGCAGCCUCAAGAAGCACCUGCGCAUCCACUCGGACGAGCGGCCCUACAAGUGCCAGCUCUGCCCCUACGCCAGCCGCAACUCCAGCCAGCUCACCGUGCACCUGCGCUCCCACACCGGGGACACCCCCUUCCAGUGCUGGCUCUGUAGCGCCAAGUUCAAAAUCAGCUCGGACUUGAAAAGGCACAUGAUCGUGCACUCGGGGGAGAAGCCUUUCAAGUGCGAGUUCUGCGACGUCCGCUGCACCAUGAAGGCGAACCUGAAGUCGCACAUCCGCAUCAAGCACACCUUCAAGUGCCUGCACUGCGCCUUCCAGGGCCGGGACCGGGCCGACCUUCUGGAGCAUAGCCGGCUGCACCGGGCUGACCACCCCGAGAAGUGCCCGGAGUGCAGCUACUCCUGCUCCAGCGCGGCCGCCCUGCGCGUGCACAGCCGCGUGCACUGCCCCGACCGGCCCUUCAAGUGCGACCUCUGCGGCUUCGACACCAAGCGGCCCAGCAGCCUGGCCAAGCACGUCGACAAGGCGCACCGGGACGAGGCCCGGACGGAGAACCGGGCCCCGCCGGGGCGGGAGGGGCCGCCCGUGGCCAAGAUCGUGACGCACAGGGCCUUCCGCUGCGAGACAUGCGGCGCCGCCUUCGUCAGGGACGACUCUCUGCGCUGCCAUCGGAAGCAGCACCGCGACCACGGCGAGCACCGGAGCUCGGGCCUGGUCACCUUCCCACCCGAGAGCAGCGCCCCCGGGCAGCUGGGCGCGCUGGUCUCCGUCGGGCAGCUCGAGGCGCCCCUGGAGUCCAGCCAGUGCCUCUAGGACCCCCGGAAAGGGUGGCCAGCCAGCCGGAUCUCCGGACGCAACGCGGCCGCCCAGCCCUCGAGCCACGUUGGACUCACCCGCUCCAGGGAUGCCUGCUUCCACCCUGAGGCCUGCAGAUGCCGUGGCCGCAGUCACCGGGGUGUGAGGGCAGGUGCCAAGGCAGCCCUGUGGAGACACAUCCCCCAACCGCACCCCUCGUAUCUGUCUUCCCUCCAAGCAUCGCCUAAGCAAGUUUACUCGGUUCCAAGAUCGGGGGGUCCACUGAGCACUGCUCUAUCCAGUAGGGAUAGUUCCCUCACGAUGGAUUCCGGUUCUAAAACUGAUCCGCCCCCGAUGGGAUUAUGAAACAAACGAGUUAGACCACGUGGAAAAACUACACUGAUCCAUACAUAGAGCAGGUUUAAGGGGAUGUCGGGGUAUGUGGAGGGUCUGGGGUGGCCGGAAAAGUUCUACGUCUUAACCUGGGUGGUGGUUUCUAAGAGUACCCGCCUUAUAUGUUUUCUGUGUGGUUCCUUUUAUCUGUUGUCUUAUAAUAAAAAGGCAAGCUCGUCU